AAGUCCAUAGGCACCAUACCCCGACGGUAGACGCACCCUUCGGGCGCCCCGAAACCCUAGCGCCAUACGGGCCGGGGCAACCCCAAACCCACCGGACCAAGGACCCCCCGGGGCUUCUGGGGUAGGUAACUGACGCCUACAACUUCCUGCAAUACCAAAUUGUGGAUAUUCUGACUGCUAACUGCUGUAUCGGCCCAGAGCUGGCCAACAUCCGGCAGACCCUUUAGAACGUCCAGGAACAGACCUACCACACUCAAUCGAGUGUACAGAAAUAGAACAACCAGUCCUGGGCCUCUGUGGUCCGCAACGCGCCUCCCUUGGCCCAUACGAUCUCGUCUUACGGCUCCUUUAGUACCGCCCCGGUCACCCCGUCGGAACUCAGCAAGGACCGCGAAGUUAUCGUUAAAUUACGGGAUGCUGGUACAGUGCGUACCUACCGACGUCUUACGGCCUCGGAUAUCAAGCAGAGAGCGGAAAUAGCAAAACAGAAAACGUGCGGCCAAAUAGGGGCUCUCUCUCUGGCUAAGGCGCGUUUUGUAGCUGCUAGACAGCUUAAAUCUGGCGAUCUAAGCCUUUCACUCCGCUACGCCGCUGAGGCCGAAGCUGCCAGGAUCUACGAUCAAUGGAUCAACUACCUGAGCGCGGGAGCCAUACUGCGGCGUCCCUCUUGGGGUAUCGUUAUAUAUGGGAUCGCAUUUAAGAGCGCCGCUAUGCAGGAUGUGGAGAAGCACACGCUGCCUGGCACAAAGGGUAUUCGAGCCUGGCACCGGGUCCCUCCCUAUCUGCAGGACUUUCAGUUCUCCGUACGUAGCGGUACGGAGGCCUCCAGCUCGUCUAACAGCGAGGGACGCAGCCAGCCGCACACGAGCCUCUCACAGAGGCGUACAAGGUCCGUUAGUAGACCUGCAAGCGUUCGUAAUCGUUUAACUGUCCGAUUUCAACCGGGGUCUACGCCGUCACACGCCGGCUCGCAGGAAAUGAUUCCUACAGCUAGUGAGCUUUCCGAAGAUAGGAUAGAUUUUGCUGCGGACGGAAUGGAUACGCCCCCGCAGCCUGACCGGGAGGAAGCCGGUCAACAGAGUGAGCCGGAGACGCCUGCUCCAGUGAUCCCGAUAUCUAGGGGUCGCCGUGGACGAAGGAGUGGCCUGCAGAGCAUUACCUCGUCUGAAGGAACGCGCCAGAGUGCCCGUACCCAGUCCGUAACACGGCAGGAAGUCUCACACCUGGCUAUUAUACCACCCCUUUACAUCCUCCAAUAUAAUACGAAUCGAUCUAAAGAUAAGGUAAUGGUACAGUUCUUCCGGGAUCCUGCAGUCCUAGAGGCGGACCUCAUCUUUGUGCAAGAACCCUGGGAGAAUCUCUACCAGGAUACUACUUACUAUCCUGCUAACGGCUCCCACCAAUUCCUAUACCCGGAUUCGACCGAAAUAGGGAACGAGCGGGCCCGCAAGCUCGAGCUUACUGAUGCUGACGGCCAACAAGUGCGCAUCUUCAAUAUUUAUAAUCGAUCUAACGAAGUAGAUGGUACUACCCUCGACCUCGUUACCUCCCUAACUAUCCCUACCGGCCCUACUAACAGUUCUACUAACCCCCGUUUGCUCCUGCUGGGCGACUUCAACCUCCACCACCCGGCGUGGGGGGGAGAACGCUCUGAGAGAGACCUAUCGUCUGACCAGUUGCUGGAACUAACGGAUACGAGGUGCCUGGACCUCUGGCUAGAGCCAGGCACUACCACGCUCGUUGCCUGCGAGGUCAACGAGCGAGUCCACGCAGACUCGGACCACUAUCCAAUACGAACCCUCCUUGAUAUCAGCACUAAAACUCCCGAGGCACAGCGACGAAAGAACUGGAAAGCCUGCAGUGUCAAAGACCUGCAAAGCUUCGUGGACUUUAACCUCCAGAGCAAGGCCUUUCCCUUACAAAUAAAACAGCAUAUUGAGCUCGUUAUAGAAUACCUUAUCGAGACGAUUAACCAAGGAAUCGCUGCCUCCACUCCGUGGGCGAACCCUUCAUUCAAUGCGGAAUGCCGCGAAAUGGUCAAGAUCACCCGAAAAUUCCGGCGUAAAUACACGGAAUCAGUUAUUGCGAACGGCCCUACCGACCCCACUACAGGCCUCCGGUAG